UUUGAAAUAAGGUCAUGUGUUGACAAUGUUUGCACUCAGAGUGCUUUCUCUACUUAAAAAUGCUUUCGAUAAUCAUGUUGACCUCCUUCAGUUACUCAAGCCUGUUACAUAAUAGGACGUCAUUAGAGAUGCUUCACCCGGUGUUGGAGCAGAGAUGUACAGUAUCCUAAGCUCACCUAGUUCACAAAAUCCUGACUCUGUUCCUGUCUGUCUACCACAGAGUGAAAUAUACAAAGUUGGGUCUGACGAGGAGCGAGGUGUGACCAUUGCUGAAGACAAUAACGACAUUUACAUCCUCUCGGCGGAGCAACAUCCCGGCCAGCUCAGCCCCCCGUCGUCUCUCCUCUGCGCCGGAGAUAACGGCAGUGAGCUCAGCUCCUGGCAGACAGAAAGCUUACCCGUGUCUCUGGCCGGACACGAGUCUUGGGCACAGGUUAGUGCGAUGGACCCUGAAGACGUCAAGAGCCUGGACAGCAAUGAGGGUGUGGCUCUUGUUGAGGAACGCAGCGAAAACAACUCCUCAAACUCGGACAUUGUCCAUGUAGAGCGUGAGGAAGCUGAGCUGCUGGAGGAAGGCGGUGAAGUUGGAGCAAUAGAUGAGAGCAUGAUGAGUGUUUUAGGCACAGAGAGCGAGCUGGCCGAGCUCAGGGAGGAAUUCGGGGACCGGACCCCUCCUGUGUCCAUUUCAGUCCAGGGAGACUUCACUGCCCCAGGCACUUUGAUUUCAUUAGAGGAGCCAGUUGUAAUAGACACACCUGUAAGCUUGUCAGCAGAAUCUUCCCCCUUUUACUCAGAACCAGAGCUGCCUCCCCUGGCCUCAGAAGCUGCCCCUGCUGUUGAACCAGAACCUGCUGAGCUUUUACCUGUUCCUGCUGAAGUACCAGAGCCUGAACCUGAGCCUGAACCAGCUGCUACUACUGCACCAGUGCCUACUGAGGUGGCACCUUCAUCUUUAGCCACUGCAACCCCUACAGCACCAACUGGGCCUGAAGUUGCAUCAGAACCAGCUUCUGAAACAGAAAAGGAGCCAGAGCCAGUUGCAGUGCCACUGCCAGAAACUGUGGCAGAACCAGCUGUGGCCCCUGUGGCUGCAGCCCUGCUCUCAGAGGCUGCUGAGACUCCUGCAGAAACACCAGCUGAGGAGCCUCCAGUCCAGCCGGAGCCUCCAGUCCAGCCAGAGCCACCAUCAGAGCUCCCAGUUCUGCUUUAUGGGGGUGCUGCACUAGUGGUCCUCACCGCUGUAAUAGUAUACAGUAUCCUACGCUACAGGAGGAAGUAGAAAAAUGCUAAUUAUGAAAUGAUGCAGAGAAAUAAUUCUAACAGGAGACACACUGUGGGACACACAAAUUAUAUUGGAUUUAUCAAUCAGGGCAGAUUUUUUAAAUUGUGAUUUUUCCAAGGUUUCCCCUUACACUAAUCAACUUGCUGCUUCACUGACCUGCUAUCCUUAUUUUCUGUCUUUUGGCAUUUCCAACUGUUUCUUUAUCAUUAUCUGCCAUUCUUAAUGUAAGGUUUUUCAGACUUCAGUCUUUUGUCACUUGGAUUGGAAAGUGUGACCAUUGUCCCUAUCCUGUCUGUUUCCCCUCACCCUCGUUCGUGUGUGUGUGUGUGUGUCUGAAACCUAAGUUCUCAUUUAACAUUGCUGUGCGAAUGUGGGUCUUCCUGUUCUACUUUUGCAGCAAAGGGCAUCCAUCUAUAUUUAUGUUCUCUUUAAUUGUAAUGAGUUACUCUGGCACCUUCCCUGGUAAAUAAACCAAAUAUAUGUGUGAAAGGUAAAAAUUUGUAUUUUGAUUUUUAUCUGAAUGCUACAACGAGCAUAUUUGGUUACAUUUAGUUUGUUCCAGUUUUCCAUGUUGCACAAAGGAUUUCACUCUACAUGCAAUAUGUAUUUUUUGUGUGUGUGAAUUGAAACAUUAAAGAUUUUGCCCAAA